ACUGCUUCUACAAACAUUUGUGCACGAAUGUGCAAUAAGUCCAUCUGUGAAAUUUCCUUGCUACUAAAUAUUCCAUGGUCAACAGUUAGUGGUAUUCUAGCAAAGUGGAAGCAACUGGGAACAACAGCAACUCAGCCACAAAAUGGUAGGCCGCGUAAAAUGACAGAGCAGGGUGAGUGCAUGCUGAAGCGCACAGUUUGCAGAGGUCGCCAGCUGUCUGCAGUCAAUAGCUAAACACCUCCAAACGUCAUGUGGCCUUCAGAUUAGCACAACAACAGUGCAUAGAGAGCUUCAUGGAAUGGGUUUCCGUGGCUGAGCAGUUGCAUCCAAGCCUUACAUCCAUCACCAAGUGCAAUGCAAAGCGUUGGAUGCAAUGGUGUAAAGCACGCCGCCACUGGACUCUAG